CGAAGUCUCUAUACUGGCGUGUGAUUUAUUGGAAUACGGGUAGGAAAAAAAUACCGGACAGGAGGAAGAAGAAGAAGAAGAAAAAAAAAAAAAAAUACCCACAAUUCUCUGUGUCGGCGAAGCGGCCAUUGCUUGUGAACGGACUCUAGCUGCAAGAGACAGCAUGGCGCUCAAUCGGCUCUUUCAGCUCUCCUCUGUCUUCCGCUCGGCUGUGAGCGUGACUCUGCGCAGGAACAUCGGCAUCUCUGCCGUCGUUUUCAAUAAGGCUAAAGAUCUGGACCCUGUACAGAAACUCUUCCUGGACAAAAUCCGCGAGUACAACGUCAAGAGCAAGAGCUCAGGCGGAGUGGUCGAAGCUGGUCCCAGCUACCAGAAGAAUAUGACGGAAGAGAUAAGCAAACUGCAAAGGUUAUAUGGAGGAGGUGACCUGACGAAAUUCCCAGAUUUCAAAUUCACAGAGCCCAAGCUGGAAGAAGUGGCCAAGUGAGCAGCUGUCUGCGCCAAACUGCAUGUGUCUGUCAUUCUGAGUGAUGAAAAUAAUUAUUUAAUAAAGCCCUUGGUUGAAAAAAAUAUUAUAGAAUGUUUAUUUUUAUCCAUCUAUCACAAUAAGAUCCUUCUACUGGAUACAAAAUGUCAGGUGCCCUCAUCAAGAAUAAAAUUAUUUAUGAUGUGGAAAACUACAAAGAUAUUAAAGGUUUUUUGUUUAAAUCUCA